GUCGUCUUGUGUGCUACUACUUAGUACCCCUCGUCAUGUCUUGGUCUUCACAGCCCUACGAGCACCACCAACACCACCAGACGUCACCUCCUUCGUCCGUCCUACAUCCACACCACCUCUGUGCUAUCGCAUCUUGCCCGCGCUUUGCAAAGCAUCUUCGGCUGUGCCUGCUGCACAUGCGAAUCGCUGACGUGUCGACCCCGCCGCCGCCAUCGGCAGGCACCAGCAGAUUGUUCCAUCGGCAAUUACUCGUCACGCCACGCAACCACCCGAUUGAAUCGUCGUCGGCGGUGCCGGCGGCAUCGCAGCGACUCUUGUACCCACGCCACCAUCACCACCACCACCAUACUCCACUUCAUGCGUCCGCAACAACAACAACACGACGGCUGCACACUCCAUCCCCGUCGUCGUCGACCCCACCCACCCCCUCCCCAGCAGUACCCCGCUCGCUCCUGGCCCUCCUCACAAACGCGGGCACGUCGUCGUCCACGGCGCUGUUGUCUGUGUCCACUCGAGUCUGCAAGCACCCCCUGUGUCCGAAAACGGCCAAAGCGGGGGGGUUUUGCAUUGCGCAUGGAGGCGGCAAACGCUGCCAAGCCCCUGAUUGCAUCAAGAGCGCCAAAGAGGGCGGGCUGUGUAUCGCCCAUGGCGGGGGAAAACGCUGCGGGGUCCCGGACUGUGCCAAGUCAGCCCUCGCGGGGGGGCUAUGUGUGGCCCACGGAGGCGGAAAGCGGUGCCAGAUGGCGCAGUGCGCCAAGUCCGCCGUCUCCCGGGGGCUGUGCAUUGCACACGGGGGCGGACGAAGGUGCCAAGUGCCGACGUGUAUCAAGAGUGCGGUGGGGGGACAGCUGUGUGUAUCGCAUGGAGGGGGCCCGCGGUGCAGCAUGGCUGGUUGUGGUAAGGGCGCCGUGAGUGCUGGCUUGUGCAUCCGCCACGGCGGUGGCCGCGCGCUCAAGACCGAACACUAGAUGCGAAUGUGGGAGUAUUUUUAUUUAACGUUAAUAUUAUUUUGGUUCUGUG